UUUUCCUCGCAAAACCCCACCAUCCAAACGGAGUGAAAAGUCCCACCUUCUAAAAAAGGCCUGUCCAGUAUUUUCGUUUCGCGUCUCUCUCCUUCGAUCUCGACUGUUCUUCGUUCGCAGUUUCCAACUUUUUGGUCAAGUGGAAUUGCUUUGAACGAUGGUGUUCUUCAGAAGCGUUUCUGCGCUUUCUAAGCUACGUUCUCGUGUUGUUCAACAAUCAAGUUUUAACAACUCUGUACGAUGGCUUCAAAUACAAACCUCUUCUGAUCUUGACCUUCAUUCUCAGCUGAAGGAAUUAAUUCCAGAACAACAGGAGCGCCUGAAGAAACUGAAGUCUGAGCAUGGAAAGGUUCAACUGGGGAACAUUACAGUUGAUAUGGUACUUGGUGGAAUGAGAGGAAUGACAGGUUUGCUGUGGGAAACCUCAUUACUUGACGCUGAGGAGGGCAUACGCUUUCGGAAUUUGUCAAUACCUGAAUGUCAGAAGAAGUUACCAGCGGCAAAGCCUGGUGGAGAGCCAUUGCCUGAGGGUCUCCUUUGGCUCCUUUUAACAGGAAAGGUACCAAAUAAAGAGCAAGUAGAUGCAUUAUCCAAGGAAUUACGAAGCCGUGCCACAGUUCCAGAUCAUGUGUACAAAGCUAUUGAUGCCCUUCCUGUUUCAGCUCAUCCAAUGACCCAGUUUGCAAUGGGUGUCAUGGCUCUUCAGGUACAGAGUGAAUUCCAGAAGGCAUAUGAGAAGGGGAUCCAUAAAUCAAAGUACUGGGAGCCAACAUAUGAGGACUCUCUUAGUUUGAUUGCUCAACUACCAAUAGUAGCUGCUUAUGUCUAUCGCAGGAUUUACAAGAAUGGGCAAGUUAUACCCAAGGAUGAUUCCCUAGAUUACGGUGGAAAUUUUGCCCACAUGCUUGGAUUUGAUAGUCCUGACAUGAAGGAGCUUAUGAGGCUUUAUGUCACCAUUCACACUGACCAUGAAGGUGGGAAUGUUAGUGCUCACACUGGUCAUCUAGUAGCUAGUGCCCUUUCAGAUCCUUACCUUUCAUUUGCAGCUGCAUUAAAUGGUUUGGCUGGACCACUCCAUGGCUUGGCUAAUCAGGAAGUUCUGCUAUGGAUCAAAUCUGUGGUAGAGGAGUGUGGUGAGAACAUAACCACGGACCAGUUGAAAGACUAUGUUUGGAAAACACUGAACAGUGGAAAGGUUGUUCCUGGAUUUGGACAUGGGGUUUUGCGUAAUACAGAUCCAAGAUACUUGUGUCAGAGGGAGUUUGCAUUGAAGCAUCUGCCUGAUGAUCCACUGUUUCAACUGGUGUCAAAGCUUUUUGAAGUGGUGCCUCCUAUCCUUACUGAACUUGGCAAGGUGAAGAACCCUUGGCCCAAUGUUGAUGCCCACAGUGGGGUGUUGCUGAACCAUUAUGGUUUAACUGAAGCCAGAUACUAUACUGUUCUUUUCGGUGUAUCAAGGUCUAUUGGGAUCUGCUCUCAGCUAAUAUGGGACCGAGCUCUUGGGUUGCCACUGGAGAGGCCGAAGAGUGUUACAAUGGAAUGGCUUGAAAAUUACUGCAAGAAAUCAGCUUAAUCUCCAUUACUUCACGAGGAUAGAAUGCUGUAUCGAUUUUUCUCAAUAAUGGGGAAUGGUGAGGAUUCGGUGUAAGUUGGGACCUUUUAUUGGACUGACUGUCAUUUGCGGCCGGCAUUUGGAUUGUUUAUAGCUGCUGGAUCAUUUUCCCCAAAAUUUUAAUUUUUAGUUAUAUUUGCAUUUCUUAUUCGGGUGAUUUUGCUAUAGCGCUCUCAUUACGAGUGCAGAUGUAACAUAUAGGAAUUUAAGAAGUUUUUCACAUUUUAACCUCGAUUCUAGCAA